GGGCAUCUCACUCGCCCUGCAAACCGACUGUGAAGGCAAUUUUCGUUUGGUUGGGAGGAGACGGAAGCCUUAGUCUGCUGACCGCGCUGGCAGGAUCAGAGGCCGGCGGUCCGCGGCGUGGAGGCCCCAGCAGGAAAGAGAUUGCCCGGCAGCAUGGGACCUGGGGCGCUUCUAGCUCUGGGGGGAGCUCCAGGCAGAAGCCAAGUGAAGCCACUCAAAGCCACUCGGAGGCUGCGCCGCACAGCUCCACGCGGGAGCGAGAUGCGCAGCUCAGAGCACAGCGGGCCCUGGCGAGGGGAGCGCGCUGAGUGGGGGAGGACGGGGCGUGUGUGGAAUGGGGCUCCCGCGCGCGCGUGCGUGGAGUCGAUCCCAAGACGCAGAGCGUUUAUCAGGAGGCAUCGAGAGUCACCCGACCGAACGCCGGGAACUCCCUUCCAAGAACCCCGCGGUGUCUUCAGCUCCUCGGCCUCCGCCUGGGGCUCCUCCUCUGGGAGUCCCCCACCACCAUCUCACACACCAACGUCUCCUGUUUCCCCAGAGAGUCUGGGAAUGCCUUUCCAGGCAUCAGAUCCCACAUCCUACUCGUGCUCCGCUGACCCCAGGCCAAGAUCUGGAAUGUCCAUUGGGCCCCCGGCGCCCAGUCCACCCCCACCCCUGACGGAGAAGGCGGUGCUUAGAGAAGCAGCCAGACUUCUGUCGGUUAGGACUACAGAGGGUCGCUCGCUGGAGUCACACUGUCUGGUCGUACGAAUCUCGGUUUUGGUACCUUCUAGCUGUGUGACUUGAGGCAAGUAACCUCUCUGAGUCUCACGGUCCCCCUAUAUAAAAAUGUGGAACCGUAGUAACGAUCUCCUCGUAAUAUUGUGGGUAUAAAAUGAAUGUACCCUGAGA